AUGGUCAAGCCUGAGGGAUACGAGCCGGUUGCCUGGGAUGAACUUCAUUUCCAGGAGAUUCAUCGUCCCAUCUGGAUGCAAACUUGCUUAAUGGGCAUGACAGAAGUCAUUGCCGGUCUGGCACAAAGCACUGACGAGGCUGAUCGCGCCAAGCGAGAAGGUUUGGAGCAGCUUAUGGUUGGAUGGGAGCAGGAGUACGAGAAAGGCGCCUAUGUGGAAAUGCCAUGGUGUUUCCUAGUGGCGCGAAAGCCUCUUGAGAGUACUUUAACUGUGCACCAAAAUGGCUUUCUAUAUUGA